ACUUAAAUUUGUGUCUUUGCUUCCCUUGUAGUCAUGUCGUGGACAUCCAAGCAACUCCUCUUUCUGCUUGCUGGUUUCGCUCUUAAUCUGACCCUACUUGUUCAUUCCCAAGAUGAUCAAUCAGGGUUCAUUAGCAUAGAUUGCGGCCUCCAGACAGAUUCAGGUUAUUCUGAAAAGAAAACUGGCAUUAACUACAUUUCUGACGCAACCUUCAUAGACACCGGUGCAAGUAAAUCCCUGUUACCUACUUACACAGGUAACUAUCAACAGCCAUACGGGUCUGUUAGGAGCUUCCCCGAAGGAACCAGGAAUUGCUACGAGAUAAAUGUUACAAGCGGCAACAAAUAUUUGAUCCGAGCAAGCUUUUUAUAUGGGAAUUAUGAUGGCCAAAAUAAGAUACCAGAAUUUGAACUGCACCUUGGACCUAAUUUGUGGGAUACUUCAUGUCGUGGACAUCCAAGCAACUCCUCUUUCUGCUUGCUGGUUUCGGUUCAUAGUAUAUAUCUCUGCAAAAUAAAUCUUGAUCGAUUCUGGUAUGCCUAUAAUGACCUCGAUGAUUGGACACAAUUAAACACCUCAUCCACCAUCAACUCUGAAUCUGUAGAACAGUACCAACUACCAUCAGUUGUUAUGAGUACUGCUUCAACGCCAAAAAAUCCAAGUGAUUCCUUGAGUAUUGUUUUCUCGUUGCCUGACAAAAAUGCAGAAUAUUACAGUUACCUGCAUUUUGCAGAAGUUGAGAAGCUCCAACUCAACCAAUCUAGACUGCAAUAUAUUAUCAGGAACGGACACCGUACUUUAGAGCCAUUCGCUCCUCCUUACUUGACCUCAUAUGUCAUUGAAAGCAAGGGGGCUUGGAGUACUAAUGCACUAUCUGCUAACAUUUCAAUCGUCAGGGCUGAGAACUCUACCCUUCCACCUAUCCUCAAUGCUUUCGAGAUUUAUUUGGUUAAACAUUUUGUAGAAGCAGAAACAAACCAAGAAGAUGUUGACACAAUCGCAUCGAUCAAGUCAACUUAUAAUAUUAAAAGAAAUUGGCAAGGAGAUCCAUGUGCCCCUCAAGAUUACGUUUGGCAAGGAGUAAAGUGUAACUAUCAAGAAUUUGAGUCACCAAGAAUCAUAUCCUUGAACUUGUCCUCGAGUGGCUUAACAGGGGAGAUAGCUGCUUCUAUAUCCAAUCUCACAAUGAUACAGUCUUUGGAUCUAUCAAACAACAACUUAACAGGACCAAUUCCAGAAUUUUUGUCCAAAUUCCAGAAUUUGACUGUGCUAAACUUGGAGAAAAACAAGUUCACAGGCUUGGUUCCGGUAGGACUGAUUGAAAGAAAGAAUAAUGGUUUUCUGUUAUUAAGUUUGUGCGAUAAUCCACAUCUAUCUCGGCAUGGUUCUUGCAAAUUAAAGAAGAAGCACAAUUUCAUUAUUCCCAUAGUAGUGCCAACCGCUGGAAUUUCCAUCCUCUUGUUAGUUGCAGUAGCUAUCUGGUGGUGGAGCCUCAAAAGGAAUAGGCAAGAGGGAGGAGAUGUCAUAGAUGAAAAAGCCCGCCCUCACGGGUCAUUUGAAUCAACAAAGCGACAGUUUACAUAUUCUGAGAUACUAAAGAUGACUAACAACUUUGAGAGGGUUCUUGGCAAAGGUGGAUUUGGAACCGUUUAUCAUGGCUACAUGGACCAUACUCGAGUAGCUAUAAAGAUGCUUUCAGCAUCGUCUGUUCAAGGGUUCCAACAAUUUCAUGCAGAGGUUAAUCUUCUUAUGAGAGUUCAUCAUAAAAACUUGACAAGCCUUGUUGGAUAUUGCAACGACGAAACCAAAGUAGGGCUUGUCUACGAGUAUAUGGCCAAUGGGAACUUAUUGAACCAUCUUUCAGAUAGCAGAUCAAGUAUCUUGACUUGGGAAGAUAGACUUCGAAUAGCAANNNGUUCGGCAAUGCCUACAUCCAGUUUGGAGACGACGGAAGAUGUCAUAGAUGAAAAAGCCAGCCCUCAGUAUGGGUCAUUAGAAUCAACAAAGCGACAGUUUACAUAUUCUGAGAUACUAAAGAUGACCAACAACUUUGAGAGGGUUCUUGGCAAAGGUGGAUUUGGAACCGUUUAUCAUGGCUACAUGGACCAUACUCGAGUAGCUAUAAAGAUGCUUUCAGCAUCCUCAAUCUUAUGUGAUGAAUUGACAUGUGUUUAUUUGUGGCCUCUUAAAUUGCAGGUUAAUCUUCUUAUGAGAGUUCAUCAUAAAAACUUGACAAGCCUUGUUGGAUAUUGCAAUGACGAAAUCAACGUAGGGCUUGUCUACGAGUAUAUGGCCAACGGAAACUUAUUGAACCAUCUUUCAGAUAGCAGAUCAAGUAUCUUGACUUGGGAAGAUAGACUUCGAAUAGCAACAGAUGCUGCACAAGGAUUGGAGUAUCUGCAUUGUGGUUGUAAGCCGCCUAUAAUGCACAGAGAUGUGAAAUCAACCAACAUCUUGCUGAAUGAUUUCCAAGCCAAAAUAUCUGAUUUUGGCCUGUCUAGAAAUUUCCCUACAAAUGAUGGAACUCGUGCUUCCAGCCUUCUUGCUGGCACUCCUGGUUACCUUGAUCCUGAGUUCUACCUAUCAAACAGGUUAAAUGAGAAAAGUGACGUUUAUAGCUUUGGGGUUGUGCUGUUGGAGAUUAUCACAAGCAGACCGGUUUUAACGAGGACGCAUGAGAGAAUUCACAUAAGUCAAUGGGUUGGUUUCAUGCUUGCUAAUGGAGACAUUAACAGCAUCGUCGAUCCGAGGUUAGAGGGAAAUUUCAAUACCAACUCCGUCUGGAAAGCUGUGGAAAUAGCAAUGGCAUGUGUAUCCAUAAAUGCCAUCAAGAGGCCAAGCAUGAGCCAAGUAGCGGUGGAUUUGAAGGAGUGUUUGGCAACAGAAUGUGCUCGAACAAAUCAUAGCCAUGUAGCUGAAUUCAAUAAUUUCAAUGAGUUAAUGGCUGACAAUUCGAUCGUUAGGCUAACUCCUUCCGUGAGGUAGUACUGGUACUAGUACAUAAUGCUUCUGCUUGAGUUCCAUUGUGCCUUUGUAGCUAAUCAUGAAAAGAAGCAUGAAUUUGGGCUCUUGUUUUGGCUCU